AACACAGUCGGAUUGUUAUGGCGAACGUUGUCUAAUGUUUGUAUUGUUUUGAUCACGUUGUUGCCCUUUUUUUAAAUAAAUAAGCGAAUAUAGUAAAAGAAGAUAUUUCCUGACACUACUGUUGGAACUAGCAAUAAGGAUGACAGACAUUAACCUUAGUGAUGCAGAAAAAAGAUAUAUUGUAGAUGGAGUUAAGUUGGGAAUUCGUGUGGAUGGUCGAGAUCGACUGGAUUAUCGACAACUUGAAAUAGAAACCAGUGUAGUUUCUACAGCUAAUGGUUCAGCCCGAGUGAGGCUUGACCAUACAGAUGUCCUAAUUACAGUCAAAAUGGAGAUGGAACCACCAUUAAUAGACCAGCCUAGAAAUGGAAAACUUUACUUCUUUGUAAACUGCUCUGCCAAUGCUGCUCCAGAGUUUGAAGGCCGUGGGGGUGAGGAUUUGGGCACCAGCUUAAGCUCGAUGUUGGAAAGGGUGUACUCUUCUCCACAUACACUGGAUACUUCAAAGCUCUGUGUUGUGCCUGGGAAGUAUGUGAAAGGACUGUAUGUUGACAUUGAGAUCUUGGAGUGCGGUGGGAAUUUGUUUGAUGCAGUGAGUUUAGGCGUGAAAGCAGCACUUUGGGCAACCAAGAUGCCAAGAAUUUACAUCACUGGAGAAGAUGGUGGGGAGUUAGAGUUUUCAGUUUCAGACAAUCCUUGUGAUGUUGACAGAGUUGAUGUCUCCAAUGCCCCAAUUCUUAUAACCCAUUUAAGAAUUACAGAGAAUUUGACAGUUGUUGACCCAACCCCAGAAGAAGAAUGCUGUGGCCCUGUACAGAUUGUGGUUGGUGUUACCCCUAAAGGGUUAAUUACAGCAACUCAACAGCUUGGUUCAGGAACAUUUACACCACAGACAUUAAGUGCUUCCAUUAAGAGUGCACGAGAUCUUGGAGUCAAGAUCCAUCAACGACUAAUGGAAAAAUUGCGACAAGAGGAGAACAUCACAGAUAGACCAAUAAAAGGGUUUCUUUAGCUCUUGAUGUAUAUUUUCAGUCUUUUAUGGAAAUAAUGUUCUUUAUAAGACGGUAUUACUAUGAAAAUGUGAAUGUAAUAUCAAGUUGACCAUGUUAAUGGCAACAAGUUUACUUUGUUAAAAAAUAUAUAUUUUUUGUUUUGGCAAUAAAUAGGUAUUGUAUUU